AUGAAAUUCAGAACGUUAGAAAAAUUGAUUGCUCUAAUUAUGUUUUUAACAUCAUCAAUUGUAAAAUGUCAACAACGACAUAAGGAUAAGGAUGAUGCUUACGUUGAUUUGAUAGCUCUAAAUUUGAUACCAGAAGGGUGCAGUUCAAAUUCUUAUUAUGGUUAUGGUAUUGUUGAUGGAAGCUUGGAAAAAUGUGAUAAGUACUCAGAAGCCAAAGCUGGAGGUGAAGAAUUUAGCUCAGAAUAUGAAGAAAUUAAAUGCCGCUCGUUAAGAGUGCAUGGAAAAAUGAAAAAUGGUCAGUGUGAAUGUAAACCUGGAUGGAAAGGACCUAUAUGCAACGAAUAUCAUGGAUGUCCUACAGGAUUCUCCCUUUACAAUAGCGUGUGCACACCAAAUUCAUGCCAACAUAACGGAACAAUCGCUAUUGGUUCAAGACAAAUUGAAUGUAUUUGUUGGGCACCUUGGGAUGGCAAACACUGCGAACGACUUGCAUGUUGGCGCAUGGCUCCAAAAGGUCAGCGAGCUCAGAAUAUUUUGAUGAAAAUUUACCUGAAGCUUGAAAGGCGAUGGCGUAAUGCAGGCGAUAGAUGCCGUUGUGCUGAUGAAUAUGAAGGUGAUAAUUGUGAUAAGAUUGUCAAAUGCAAGAAUGAUGGCGAUUUAGUCGAUGGAAGGUUCGCAAUUUUCUCCUAA